AUGGCAUGGUAUUGUUAAAUUCAGUUGGCGCCUUAAAGCUCAUUAUUAAUGAAUGGAUAAAAUCCUAUCCACUUCUGUUCGUACUGCUGAUUGCUUACCCCAUACCCUGUCCUUCUCACACUCUCGCACGCCAUUUGCACUGAAAUCCUAGCUAGCUGCCUGUAAGCACUAAGCUAGACACUCUGUCUUUCCUCUCCACUCUUGACACUUCAUCAAGUAAAGGGAAGUUAUCUCUCAAAUUCGAAUAGUCUCGUGAAUUUUGAUGUAAUAUGGAGGUUGAUAAAAGAUGAACAUAAAAAAGCAAAUGCCAUUUAAAGGUGGUGGAAAGAUUUAGCUGCUUUAGUAUGCUCAUUGAGACCUGUUUUGUCCAAAAAGCAAGGAAACAAUUCAAUUAGACUAUUGGCAUCUCCAAAUCUUGGCUGUUUUGAGCCUAUCUGAAUCAUGGAAGUUGCAGAAACAAAAUGUUCCUCAGGCUAUGGCAAGCCUCCUUGGCUAUUUAAAGGCAGUGCCUUAUACCAGCUUCAUCUUGUUAAAUCCGAAACUGCUCGAGCAUUCAUUCCGAAAGAGUUCAGAUUAGUUGAAGCAUUUGGAUACACUCUUGGAGGUUUUUUUCUCGCUAGCUAUGAAGACAGUCCAGCUGGGGUUUUUGAUGAGCUUGUGGUGAUUGCAGGAACAGUGUGGAACCCCCCAACAUCUUGUGCAUGGGCAGCCAGGGUGCUCGUAAACAGUGGUGAUGCUUGUGAUCAUGGACGAAAGGAGGUAGGGCUUCCCAGUCAAGUUGCCAAGUUUUCCAAGAAAAUCACAGCAAUUCCAAGGCAAAGAAAGAGCAAAUUUAGUGGCUUUCUUGACAAGAUUGGUUUGGGCACGGCAAGUUCUAGUACAAAGAGCUGCAUGGAUGUUCUAGUAACUGAAACUAAUGAUCGUUCCACAACUGAUAUCUGCAACGUCAACCUUACGGCUGUUGUUCCAGGGAUGAAAUUCGACAAAUGGAAGGGGCCAGCAAUAAAAAUGUCGCUACCAAGUUUCAGUGGACGUACAGAGUAUAACCCAAGCCUUUUGAAAUAUUCUUGCAAUAUUGAAUGCAGAGUACGAGCAGUGCGGGCAGCAAAAGUAUCAAGGCCAUCUCUAACAUCAAAGCAAGACGCUGAAGAGUCAUUGAGUGAGCAUGAGAGACGGAACUUGACCAUAUCUGUGAUGUUAUCAAAACCAAUACUAGCUUUAGAGUUCAGUUGCUUAAAAAUGCAGGUUGAAGCCCCAGUUGUAGUUUCCCAGCAUUCUACGAGCAGGUUUGCAACUACAGUCACGGAUUAAGGGCAUUAUUAUUGUUCGGAAAAUUCGUUGAUAUUUGUAAUCAAUGCCAAUUUUGCAUUGGUUUUUACUCUUUUUUUCUUCUUUUUUUGUUGGUAGAUGAUCAGCAGUGGAAGUGGCAAAUAGUCAUUACUGUAAACAAUGGGAGUCUGGCAGAGCUAGGACGUUUACUUAUGAGGCCAAGCAAAUCCAUGAUUGCUUUUCCGAAGAACUAUCUUAGUGUGAUAGUAUAAUAAAAAAGAAGAUCACAAGUAGAUUGGAAAUCU